AAAUGCAUCAACCUCACUCCGCCAUAUUACCAUAUUAGCCUUCUUCCCCUUCUUCGCUCUCGCCCACUCCUCUCCCUCGUUCCCUCGCGAUCAGCUCGAUUCCCUCCGCCCUCGAUCUGCAUCAGAUACUGACUGAGCAAAAUGUCUGCUUUACCAUUAGCAACUGCUGAAGCAUGCGAUGCCAAUGUACAUUUAAUCCUGAACGGCGAGCUCCGGGCCCUCCAACCAAUCUUCCAAAUCUAUGGCCGGAGGCAGGUCUUCUCCGGUCCCAUCGUCACUCUCAAGGUCUUUGAGGACAAUGUCCUCAUCCGUGAGUUCCUCGAGGAGAGAGGCAACGGCCGUGUUCUCGUUGUCGACGGAGGAGGAAGCAUGCGUUGCGCCAUCUUGGGAGGUAACCCGGUUCAGCAGGCACAGAACAACGGCUGGGCCGGUAUCGUGGUCAACGGUUGCAUCAGGGAUGUGGACGAGAUCAACGGGUGCGACAUCGGUGUGAGGGCCUUGGGCUCUCACCCCAUGAAAGCAAACAAAAAGGGGUUCGGGGAGAGGCACGCAGCGGUUAACAUCGCCGGGACGAGGAUCUGUGACGGCGAGUGGCUCUACGCAGACAGUGACGGCAUUUUGAUUUCCAGGACUGAAAUCUCUAUAUGAAAUCCUCUGAUGGAUCAUGAAUGCUGCUGCAUCAGUUUGAGCUACAACUUCUUAUGUUGUCUUCUUGAUGUAUAUAACACCGCAGUGAUUUAAAGGCAUUUGGGACUCAUUUGGAGAUUUCAUUACAUCUGGAAGAACAAUAAUGUAAUGAGUGUGAUUUGGGUUUUUAAGUUAGAUAUUCUGUUGCAAACGGGCAAUGGAUUAGACUUUUCCGA